AUGAAAAAACUAGCUAUUCGUUCGUAUAUAAAAACCCGAUUUUUGUUGGGUUUAAAUGCUACGCAAAUUUAUGAAGAAUUAACUGUUGCUUAUGGAUCAGAUGCUGUUUCAUAUAGUACAGUUGCUAAUUGGGUUCAGCGAUUUUCAAGUGGACGAGAGUCGUUGAAAGAUGAUCCUCGAGUCGGUCGUCCAAUAACCGUCGUUACCCAACAAAAUAUUGCUGCUGUGAAAUGUCUGGUGGAAGAUGAUCCGCAUAUUAGUAUAGAUUAUAUUGCUGACGUGUUAGACAUAUCACAUGGUAGUGUCGACACAAUUCUCAAACAUCGUCUUAAGCUAAGAAAAUUAUCUUCAAGAUGGGUGCCUCAUAAGCUUACUCAACAACAACGCCAAAAACGUGAUAUAGUUACUGGUGAUGAGAGUUGGUUUUACUAUCGCAAAAUUAAAUCAAAAGAAGCUUCAAAAGCAUGGUUGUCGAAAGGACAAUGUCCUCCAACGGAAGUCAGAAGACAACAAUUCGAAGCAAAAACGAUGUUUGUUAUCUUUUUUAUGACAACUGGACCAUUGCUUAUUCAUCCAUUACCACCAGGAACAUCUAUCAAUGCUUUAUAUUAUCGUGAUGAAUGUUUAAAAGGUUUGGUUCGAAAGCUACGGAAGAAAAGACCGCUAUCAACAACACAUGGUAUUAAGCUUUAUCAUGACAAUGCACGACCUCAUACAAAUGAUAUUGUUUUUGAUUAUCUUCAAGAAGAAAAAAUCAACGUUAUACCUCAUCCACCUUAUUCACCAGAUCUUGCUCCUUCGGAUUUUUGGUUAUUCAAUUAUCUUAAACGUAAUCUUGAUACAUAUCAGGAUGCUGAAAGUUUACGUAAAGCAAUAACCAAGACGCUCAAUUCGACACCUAUUGAUGAGUACAAAAAGACAUUCAAAAAUUGGAUUCAAAGGAUGAAACUUUGUAUUGAAUAUCAUGGGGACUACUUCGAACAUUUACUGUAA